AUGGUCCUGGCAGUGGUCUUGCUCCUGCUCCUUUUGGUUGAACAAGCAGCCGCCCUGGGAGAGCCUCAGCUCUGCUACAUCCUGGAUGCCAUCCUGUUUCUGUACGGUAUCGUCCUCACCCUGCUCUACUGUCGACUCAAGAUCCAGGUGCGAAAGGCAGCUGUAACCAGCUAUGAGAAACCAGAUGGCAUUUACACGGGCCUGAGCACCCGGAACCAGGAGACUUACGAGACCCUGAAGCAUGAGAAACCCCCCCAGUAA